AUGGAGGUCUCGGCCAGGCUCCGCCCGCCGCCCGCCGCCUCGACGGCGCCGCCCCGCCGCGGCGGAGGGCCCCUGCGACUGCGACGGCUGCUCCCUUCGUCUCGGCCCGCCUCCCGCGCGGUCUCCGCCAAGCCAAUGCAGAUCAGAGCAAGUGCAAUUAAUGACCUGCAAAGAAGCAAGAGUAGCCUGGAAGCACUGUUCUGCUACGACAAAGCUGUUCCAGAGGAGAAUAUCGGGAAACCUGCUGGCCUAGAUUUGGAAAAGAAGAAUGUUGGGAAGAAUCCUCCAUGCGUGCGCUGCGAAACUAAAGGUGCUGUGCUGUGCGCAACCUGCGCUGGUUCAGGCUUGUACGUCGACUCGAUAAUGGAAAGCCAAGGAAUCAUCGUAAAAGUCAGAUGCCUAGGCUGCGGAGGAACUGGAAGCAUCAUGUGCUCCACAUGCGGAGGCCGUGGACACACCUGA